AUGCGGAUAAUCAAGCCAUCAUGGCUGAGCCACAAAGGCGAACAAAAGGACUUCGAAGUCUAUAGCUGCCAUGUCUCGCCCGAUGGGAAGAGGCUGGCCACGGCCGGCGGCGAUGGCCAUGUCCGCGUAUGGUCGACCGAGGCCGUCUACAACUCCGACGACGCCUCCUACACAAAGCCCCGCCAGCUCUGCCACAUGAGCCACCACCUUGGCACCAUCCAUUCGGUCCGCUUCUCCCCAAACGGGCGCUACCUCGCCUCUGGCGCCGACGACAAGGUCAUCUGCAUCUAUCAGCUGGAGAGCGGCCCGCCCACUGUCGCGACGUUUGGCACCAACGAGCCUCCCCCCGUCGAGAACUGGAAGACCACGAAACGUCUUAUAGGCCACGAUAACGAUGUCCAGGAUCUCGGCUGGUCCCACGAUGGGUCGAUUCUUGUCUCUGUCGGGCUCGACUCCAAGAUUGUCAUCUGGUCCGGGCACACCUUUGAGAAGCUCAAGGUGUUGUCCAUCCACCAGAGUCACGUCAAGGGCAUCACCUUUGACCCGGCCAACAAGUUCUUUGCGACGGCAAGCGAUGACAGGACAAUCAAGAUCUUUAGAUUCACCUCGCCCGCGCCAAACGCCACACAGCACGACAUGGCCAACAAUUUCCAGCUCGAGACGACCAUCAGCGCGCCCUUCAAAUCAUCCCCCCUCACAACAUACUUUCGGCGGUGCUCGUGGUCGCCAGAUGGUAACCACAUCGCGGCGGCCAACGCCGUCAAUGGACCCGUCAGCUCCGUGGCCAUCAUCGAGCGAUCGCAGUGGGACAGCGAGAUCAACCUGAUCGGACACGAAGGUCCCACGGAGGUCUGCAUGUUCUCGCCCCGUCUUUUCCAUACCAAGAAGCCUGCCGAGAACGGGACCACGAAUGGGCACGCCCCGGCUGCCUCCCUCGUGACGGUCAUUGCCUCAGCAGGGCAGGACAAGACGCUCAGCGUGUGGAACACAAACACGUCCAGACCUGUGGUCAUCCUGCAGGACCUGGCUGCAAAGUCGAUUUCGGAUCUGGCCUGGACGCCAGAUGGCCAGACUCUUUUCGCGGCCAGUCUCGACGGAUCGAUCGUGGUUGCCAAGUUCGAGACAGGGGAGUUGGGUUGGGUUGCGAACCUCGAGGAAACGGACAGAGCUCUGUCCAAGUACGGCGCAUCUCGAAAGGCUAUGGGCAUUGCCGAGGAUGUGGACGGCCUGCUUCUCGAGGACCACAGCAAAGAAGGCGAGCGCAAGGGAGUCGAAUCAAGGAUGGGCGCUCUCAUGGGCGACUUUGAGCCGAUGGCCACGGACGCCCCUGCUACGAAUGGAACGAAGGCGACCGAAGCCGGGACACCAAAGGACACCCCCGCAAGUGGGACAGCAACACCAAAGGAGAAGGACGCGGAGGCAGAGAAAGCGUCAGAGGCGGCCGACAAAACGGCACAGCGCGUCAAUGAGCUCAAGUCCAGGGUGACUAUCGGCAAGGACGGCAAGAAGAGGGUCGCACCUAUGCUCAUCUCAUCCUCGGGGACGGGCCAGUCUUCACUACCUCAGACACAGCUCGUCGGUUCAACCAAAGCAAAAGCUGCACAGAAUGAUGCGCCACAGAGCAUACUCGAUCUCUCGAAGCCUUACGAUGGCUUGCCAGAGGGCGGACUUGCUGCUAUGCUGCUUGGCAAUAAGAGGAAGGCGAUAGUGCUGGACGGGGAUGACGAGGACGACACGGGGCCCAGGCGGCCUUCAUCCAUGCCUCGUGCUAUUGUGCGAAAUGGCGCCGAAGGCCUUGAGCAGGCAACACUUGAGCCACCACAGAACGGUGUGGUAUCAACACCAGAGUACCUCCGCCCUGCCGUCCUGAAUCCUUCAAUAUCCAUAUCACAGGUCCGCCUUGCGGUUCCAAAGAUCCGCUCACACAUUGUGCGCUCCCUUGAGCGUGGUGUACUGCUGGAGAGCACCAUAGACGACGCGACACGAUUCCCCGAGAAUGUCGUGCUGGAAGCCAGGAAUCCUGUGGCAGUUAGAGACCCGUCACAUAUCACCGCCACGAAGCGUGGUGCUCUCCUGUGGCAGGACUUCCUCCCCAGAGCCGUGAUCCUCGUGACCGGCAACAAGAAAUUCUGGGCCGCAGCCUGCGAGGACGGCAGCAUCUACACGUGGACGCCUGCUGGCCGCCGACUCAUCAACGCAAUGAUCCUCGAGUCACAACCCGUUAUAUUUGAGUGCCGUGAUUCAUGGCUGCUGUGCAUCACGGCUGUGGGCCUCUGCUACGUCUGGAAUAUCAACACUCUAUCAUCACCACACCCGCCCGUCUCGUUGGGCCCUAUUCUCGAGCUUGCCAUCAACUCUCUACAACCCCACGGCGCCAUGCCUGCGCCAGGCGUCACGUCCGCACAUCUCAACUCCAACGGCCACAUUGUCGUCACGCUUACCAAUGGCGACGGCUACUACUACGCCCCGAACAUGUACUCGUGGCAGCGCCUUUCAGAAUCCUGGUGGGCAGUGGGUAGCCAGUACUGGAACAGCAAUGACUCGUCCAUCUCAGCCCUGCAGUCUACAGCCGUGGGACCUGCGCUCCCCGACCAAUCCAAGAAGACUGCGGCAGAGCAAGACACUCCAGUCAGCGUGUCAGCCGGCAUCAUCCCUUACCUCGAACGGCACACGACUAGCGAAUUUCUGCUCAAGGGUCGCGCCUACACGCUCCAGCGCAUCAUCAAGACAUUGCUGUCCAAGGACGGCUUCGAGGGAUUCGAGUCCACCGUCAGCAUCGCGCACCUGGAGAACCGCAUUGCGGGCGCGCUUCAGCUCGGCGCCAAGGACGAGUUCAGGCUGUACCUGCUCAUGUACGCAAAGCGCAUCGGUGCGGAGGGCUUGAAGGGGAAAGUGGAGGAGCUGCUGUCGAGCCUGCUCGGUGGGAUCCUCAAGCCGAGUGCCGCCGGAGAUGGCACAGGCGAGAUUGAGCCUGACCGGAAGGGCUGGUUCAGUCAGGACGAGUUCAUUUGUGGCUGGGACCGGAGGGAGUUGUUGAAGGGCGUCGCCAUGAUACUGGGCAAAUUCCGAGAACUGCAGCGUAUAACAGUACAAUAUGCCAGGAUCCUGGACCUCACCCUUGAAGCGGCGGGCGAUGACGAAGAGGAAGACGAUGAGGACAGUGAUGAGGAAGGCGGUGGCAGCGAUGAAGAAAUGGACGACGACAAGGACAAGGACAAGACCAAGAACAAGGAAAGCGGCGCGGCGGCGGAUGACGUCCCUGCUACUGCUACUGAAGGUGGGAAUGGCAGUGGAGGCAGCGGAAGCAGCACUAGCAGUAGGAAAGGCAAGGGGAGGAAGAAGGACGACAAAGACGCCGACGGGGACGAGGCCAUGGCCGUCGAGCCUUGA